UUUGCCUUACAAGGUCUUCAUAAAGGCGUGACCAUUUGCAUGAUAGAGGAGCCUGGCUAGCCUCUCUUUUCUCCUCCAGCGAGACAUGCAAUACAGACAUCACGUCCUUGUAGCACUGCUGGUAGUGCUGUCUUGCUUUUGGGGAGGAUCCACUUCCCUGGAUGAGAACGACAUAGAAGAAUGCGUCGACUGUCCUGCUGGAACAUAUGCUGACACAACUACUGAUGGCUGCAAGGAGUGUAAAACAGGUCAAUGCAAUGGUACUGAUGCAUGCACGGAUUGUCCCAAAGGACAGUACAGUGAUCAGGAAGGACAGGAGAGUUGCAAACUGUGUGAUAAAGGAUACUUUGCUGGUGUUCCUGGUCUUACAAAAUGUCAAGCUUGUGAUCCAGGAUCAUUCACAAACGAAACCGGUCAAUCACAAUGCAUUCAUUGUGAACCUGGAUCUUUUGCUGCUGGUAUUAAUAAUACAGGGUGUACAGCUUGUCCUGAAGGACAUAACCAAACAUUGAGAGGUCAAGCUGAAUGUAAGCCGUGUCCAGUUGGAACUAUCUGCAAGAAUGGUGGCUGUGGUCAAUGCAAUAACUGUAGCACUGGUCAUUAUCAAGAUGAAAUCGGUCAAACGGAUUGCCUAGAGUGUGACAAGGGAACUUUUGCCAAUGUCACUGGAAGUCGACUCUGUCUUCCUUGUGCUACAGGGAGUGUUUGCAAUGAGACCAGUUGUGUGAAUUGUUGGCCUUGUGAUCCAGGAACUGUCUCAAAAAUUGGUGAAAACUGUAGCUCAUGCCAGCCAGGAAAGUAUGCGGAGAGAGGAUGGGGCACAUGUAGAGACUGCCCUGAUGGUAAAAUAUGCAAUGAAUUAGGUUGUUCCUCUUGUGAAAGUUGUUCAAUUGGUUACGAACCUGAAGAUCCUAUGAACUGCCGGUCUUGCAAACCAGGUUACUUUAAAAACUCUUCAAUGGUAAACUGCUCGCUCUGUGCCUCUGGAUAUUAUCAGUUACUCUCAGCUCAAAAUAAUUGCACUCUAUGUCCUGCUGGACACUACUGCCCUAAUCCAUCCAGUAAACCAAUAAAAUGCAACGGGACUCAAUUCUGUCCUGCAGGCUCUGUUGAUCCUAGUCAUUGCCUCACUGCUUUGUUUUCAGUAGAUGAUGAUCACACUGUUUGCAAUCCAACUGUCUGGUUUUGGGUGCUUGUAUCAAUUGGUAUUGCCGUUUUUAUUGGCAUACUAGCAAUUGUUAUUGCUGUACUGUAUAAAAACAUAUGGAAGCCAAGCAGAAGGAGCAUGCCUGUGGAGAAGAUGCCUCUGGUCUCACCAAGCAAAAAAGGGAUGUUACAUAGAAGCGACAGUAGAGACAGUACACCAAGGAUUUACGAAGGCUACUAACUAGAAUCAUGUAUAUUUUUUUGUGUUCCAAAUUUUUAUUAUUAAAAUUAUUUUUAAUGUUCUUUCUCUCACUUA